GGCACUUCGAGCGAUCGACUUCCGCCGUGGCCGGGUUUACGCAACAGUAAUUUGGCAGACGGAAAAUUCGUCAGCUCUCAUAAGCGUUUCUCGUGCUCGAGAACUUUCAGCGAAAAGGAAAUGUUGCGCGUCGUGGCGGCACGCGUGGCAUCGGCGACGCGUACGGCGAUGCUGUCACGGGCCACCGGUGUCAUCGGCAGCACGCAGUGCACCAGGGCAGCCCACGGCGGUCCCAAGGAGACCGACGAGGAGUUCGACCAGCGAUACGUGAAUUUCUUCAACCGCAACGAUGUCGAUCACUGGGAGGUCCGAAAAGCCAUGAACGAUCUGGCCGGUAUGGACCUUGUACCAGAACCAAAGAUUAUAAUUGCAGCAUUGAAGGCUUGCAGGAGGUUAAAUGACUACGCACUCGCCGUAAGGUUCCUGGAGUGUGUAAAAGAUAAGGGUGGACCACACGCUGACAAGAUCUAUCCUUACAUUCUUCAAGAAAUUAGGCCCACCUUAGACGAGUUGGGUAUCAACACACCUGAGGAGCUAGGAUACGACAAGCCAGAAUUAGCCUAUGAAUCAGUGUAUCAUAUGUAAUGAACUAAAAUUACUAUUGUGUAUAAAUUCUAGUGUUUAUAUAAUCUUAGCUGCUGCUUCGAAUGCAAGGUAUUAAGAGAUUAAUUUGUCUAACUAAACAACUGAACUACACAUGUAUCUGUUUUAUCAGCAGCAUUGUUGAAUAAACAACCACAAUUGUAA